AUGGCAAACAUUUCCAGUGAUAUUAAAAUCGGUGUUGAUUACAUCAGUGCCGGAUGUAAUUGUAGUCCACAUACUCUCGAUUGGCAAAAUGGACCACGACUUAUUUAUGGUGUUACAAACAGUGUAGCUCUUUGUUCUGAUGUUGCUCCAUUUUCUGUACGUAAAACUUUUUCUGGUCAUCAGGGACGAUUAAAUUGUGUUAAAUGGAUCCGUCAAGAACAGCAAGAUUCUAACAGUGAUUAUUAUUUUCUCAGUGCUUCCGUUGAUAAAACAAUUGGUGUAUGGAAAGGUAAAGAUGAAAAUUAUACAAAACAUUUAUCACUCGAUGGGCAUCAGAAUAGUGUAACAACUGUUUCUGGUUAUCAACAAUCUUCAAAUGAUAAUAUCUAUGUAGCAAGUGGUGCUGCAGAUUCAACAGUAAAAAUUUGGCGUAUUAAUAAUACGACAGCUACUUGUCUUCAUACAAUUGAUUUUAAGAAUGGUUUUGCUAUUACAUUAGAAUUAGUUCCAUUAGACAGUCAUAAAGAUAUGUUUCUAUUAUUUGUUGCUACCGAUAAAAAUAAAGUACAUAUUUAUCAAGUAUCAGACAGUGUGAUUGAAUUAGUUUUUGUAUUAAGUGGACAUGAAGAUUGGAUACGUACAAUAACAAUACAAAAAACAACACCGUAUCAAUGGUUUGUUGCAACUUGUUCACAAGAUAAUUAUAUUCGUAUUUGGCAGUUAUCAUUUGAUGUAAAUAAUAAUCAUGCAAAUAUUGAUUCGACAAUAUUAAAAUUAAAACGAAGUUCAUUUACAUUAAAUAUUUCUAAUGACUUAUUGAUUAAUAUUGAUGCUGAACUUUAUUCAAUUUUAUUAGGACAUGAAGAAGCUAUUUAUGGUCUUUGUUGGUAUCCAAAUAUAAAUCGAAAAAAACCAGCAACAACUAUAUUAUCAGCAUCAAUGGAUAAAUCAAUGGUUUUAUGGACUUUUGAUGACAAUCAAAAAAUGUAUAUCGAUAAAGCUCGUGUAGGUGAAAUUGGUGGUAAUACACUUGGCUUUUAUGGAUGUACAUUUAGUUCAUGUGGUUCAUAUAUACUUGGUCAUGGUUAUGAAGGUGCUUUACAUUUAUGGAAAAUAGAAGAAGUUGAUGAUCGUAUUAAUUUAAUUCCACAAGUCAUUAAUAGUGGACAUUUUGAUACAGUUGAAGAUUGUUGUUGGGAUAAACAUAGUGGUCGAUAUUUAUUAAGUGUAUCAACAGAUAAAACAACACGUUUACAUGCUGAAUGGAAACGAAAUAAAAUAAUUUCAUGGCAUGAAAUUGGUCGACCACAAAUUCAUGGUUAUGAAAUGAAAUGUUUAGCAUUUAUUGGAUCUAAUCAACAACGUAUUGUAUCGGGAGCCGAUGAAAAAAUUUUACGUAUAUUUGAUGCACCAAAAAAUUUUUUGGAAAAUUUUGCUCGAAUAACAAAAAUUAAUGUUGAUGAAGAUAUUCAAAAAGCUCAAGCUUUACCUGAAGGUGCAAAUGUUCCAGCUUUAGGUUUAUCAAAUAAAGCAAUAUUCGAUAAUGACGAAAAAUCAACUACAACAUCAACAAUUGAAGACAAUCCAAUGACUGUUGAUGGUUUAUAUAAAGAAGGAUUUUUUAAAGCUAUUACUUUAAAUGAACCACCCUUUGAGGAACAUCUUUUACAAAAUACACUUUGGCCUGAAAUACAAAAACUUUACGGUCAUGGUUAUGAAAUUAUUGCUGUCGCAUCAAAUCCAUCCGGUUCAAUUAUUGCUUCAUCAUGUAAAGCAAGUCAUCAAAAUGAUGCAGCUAUCAUAUUAUGGAAUACAAAUACUUGGAAAAUAAUUGUUCGUCUUGCUGUUCAUCAAUUAACAGUUGUUCGAAUGGUUUUCUCAAAUGAUGGUCGAUAUUUAUUAUCAGUUUCACGUGAUCGAUCUUGGUCAUUAUUUGAAAUCGAUGAAACAAAUUUUCAAGCUCGAUUAUAUAAACGAAUAUCAAGUAAUAAUCCCUAUCAUAAACGUAUUAUAUGGACAUGUCAUAUAUCUCAUGAUGAUAAAUAUUUUGCUACCGGUGCACGUGAUCAAUUGAUACAUAUAUGGCGUGUGAAUGAAAAGAGUAAUGAUGAUAAUGAGCAACCAUGUGAAAAAAAUUAUUUAAAAUUGAAUGAUUCUGUAACAGCUGUUACUUUUGCUCCUCGAUUCGUUGAAAAUGACAAGUAUUUCGUCGUAGCAGGACUUGAUAAUGGUUCUGUUUUUCUGUAUACUUGGAAUGAAAAAGUAUCUUGGCAACAUUUAACAUCAAUUACACAUCCACUUGGUUUUCAUUUAACUGUAAAUCAGUUAUGUUUCCGUCCAUCAACAUCAUCAUCAACAUCUUAUCAAUUAGCCGGUUGUUCGAAUGAUGGUACUGCUCGUAUUUUCAGCAUAUUGUUAUCUUGA